UGAUAGCCGUCAUCUUCUUCAUUUGUGUGUUUUCUAGGGUUUCUUCUAAUCUUUUAUACCAGCCAACAGAGUAAGGGGCAAGGCCAGAAGAACACCGCACCAAGACGCAAUGGCAAGAAUCAAGGUUCAUGAGCUGAGGGAGAAAUCAAAAGCUGAUCUUUCUACUCAGUUGAAGGAGUUUAAGGCUGAGCUUGCUCUUCUCCGCGUCGCUAAGGUCACUGGAGGUGCUCCCAACAAGCUCUCUAAGAUCAAGGUGGUGAGGAAGUCAAUUGCUCAGGUAUUGACAGUGAUCUCACAGAAACAAAAGUCCGCUUUGAGAGAGGCGUACAAGAACAAGAAGCUUUUGCCUCUUGAUCUUCGUCCCAAGAAGACUAGAGCUAUCAGGAGAAGACUCACCAAGCAUCAGGCAUCACUGAAGACUGAAAGGGAGAAGAAGAAAGAAAUGUACUUUCCAAUUAGGAAGUAUGCUAUUAAGGUGUAAGCGUUAUCUUAAAUCACAUCAAUUUUUGUGUGUUUGAAUUUUAUUAGCUCUCUUGUGUGAGUUUUUGCUUAUUUUCUUUCCAUGUUAAAGAUUUUGAAAGCUCAUCUUAAUGAAAGAUUUGAUUCACAUAUAA